AUGGAUGACCUAUACGAUGAGUUCGGAAACUACAUUGGGGAGGUGGAAGAGUCAGAAGGGGAAUCGCAGCAUGAGGCUGCCGGCACGGAUGCGUACGUGUACGAUGAAGAACCUGAGGAGGAAGCGCCCGCCAACGACCAACAGUUGAUGGAGCUGGACGAGGAGGGUCCUUCAAAUGCGGUGAUUCUACACGAAGACAAGCAGUACUAUCCGACGGCAGAGCAAGUGUACGGGCCUGAUGUAGAGACCAUGGUGCAGGAGGAGGAUACGCAGCCGCUGACCCAGCCUAUCGUUGCGCCGAUCAAAGAGAAGAAAUUUGCUGUCCAAGAAGCUGACCUUCCGCCAACCUAUUUCUCGCGCGAGUUCAUGACGGAUUUGAUGAACAACCCGGAACAGAUUCGCAAUGUCGCGUUUGCAGGUCAUCUUCACCACGGCAAGACUGCGCUUAUGGACAUGCUGGUGUUGGAAACACAUAAUCUCAGCAAGCAGUUGGACAAGUUGACAGGAAAGAGACGGGAUCAACAACUUCGGUAUACUGAUAUUCACGUUAUUGAACGAGAACGAGGUCUAUCUACCAAAUCGGCUCCGAUGAGUCUCGUUUUGCAGAGCUCAAAGGGCAAAUCCCAUCUCGUCAACAUCCUCGAUACCCCCGGCCACGUCAACUUUGUCGAUGAAGUGGCAUCGUCCCUGCGAUUGGCAGACGGUCUUGUUCUUGUCGUUGAUAUCGUCGAGGGCGUCCAGGUCAACACCGAGCAGAUCAUCAAACACGCGGUCCGGGAAGACAUUCCUCUGACUUUGCUCAUUAGCAAGAUGGACCGUCUUAUUCUGGAACUCAAACUCCCUCCCAUGGAUGCUUACUUCAAGCUUAAGCACGUCAUCGAAGAAGUCAAUACCGUCAUCGAGAACACAAUUCCUGGCCAGGGCGAGAAACGACGAGUAAGCCCUGAGAAGGGCAAUGUCGCGUUUGCUUGUAGUACCAUGGGCUGGUGCUUUACCCUCCAGUCAUUCGCAAAGAUGUACUCCGACUCAUACCCUGGUGUCAAUGCCGACGAUUUUGCUGCCCGUCUCUGGGGCGAUAUCUUCUUCAACCCCAAGAAACGGAACUUUAGUCGCAAAGGUGUCGAGGAAGCGGCUAAACGAUCGUUUGUGCACUUUGUGCUCGAGCCAAUCUACAAGCUCUAUUCCCAUACGAUCAGUGAAAGUCCAGAGGAUCUCAAGGAAACUCUGGCCACCCUCGGUAUCACCCUGAAGCCAUCUCAAUACAAGGCCGAUGCCAAGGUGCUGCUCAAGCUGGUCUGUGAGCAAUUUUUCGGACCGCCUACUGGACUUGUUGAUAUGGUGACCAAACACAUUCCUUCGCCGGUUGAAGGGGCUAGAAGAAAGCUGGAGCGCUACUACACUGGCCCUCUCGAUACGAAAAUUGUCUCGUCAAUGGAAAGGUGCGACCCGGACGGCCCGCUGGUCGUCCACGUCACGAAGCUUUUCAACACUGCCGACGCGGCGGCUUUCCACUCGUUCGGUCGCGUUAUGAGCGGUACCGCUCGACCUGGACAGCAGGUGCGCGUUCUCGGUGAAGGUUAUACAAUUGAUGACGAGGAGGACAUGGUCAACGCAACUAUCACGGAUACCUUCAUCGCAGAGACACGUUACAAUGUCCCAACGAGCGGUGUGCCAGCCGGUAAUUGGGUGCUUCUUGGAGGUGUUGACAAUUCAAUCGUUAAGACGGCAACGAUUGUCGCACCUAAGCUGGAGGAUGAUGAAGAUGCGUAUAUUUUCCGACCAAUCAAACACUUUACCGAAUCUGUCUUCAAAGUUGCCGUCGAGCCCAUCAACCCAUCAGAACUGCCGAAAAUGUUGGACGGUCUGCGAAAGAUUAACAAGACGUACCCAUUGAUCACGACCAAAGUUGAGGAGUCAGGAGAGCACGUCAUUCUCGGUACCGGCGAGCUUUACAUGGACUGCGUGCUUCACGACCUCAGACGGCAAUACGCUGAAAUGGAGCUCAAGGUUUCUGACCCAGUCACUCGUUUCUGCGAGACUGUCGUGGAGACCUCGGCGAUCAAAUGCUAUGCUCUUACACCGAACAAGAAGAACAAGAUUACCAUGAUCGCCGAGCCACUUGACACCGGCAUUGCCGAGGACAUUGAAGCCGGCAGAGUCAGCAUCAAGGAUCCAAUCCGAAAAGUUGGCAAAUUCUUUGAAGAGAACUACGGCUGGGACCUCUUAGCAUCGAGAAGUAUCUGGGCGUUUGGACCGGAUGAGAUGGGUCCCAACAUUCUUCAAGACGACACACUUCCUUCUGAAGUUGACAAAAAGCUUCUCGGCACGGUCAGGGACACAAUCCGGCAAGGAUUCAACUGGGGUACUCGUGAAGGACCCCUGUGCGAAGAGCCUAUUCGCAAUGCUCGAUUUAAGCUCACCGACGUGACUCUCGCGCCAGAGGCCAUCUUCCGCGGUGGCGGCCAGAUCAUCCCCACUGCCCGCCGCGCAUGUUAUUCGUCUUUCCUCAUGGCUUCGCCGCGUCUCAUGGAACCCGUCUAUUCUUGCUCCAUGACAGGCCCUGCCGACAGUGUUUCCAGUCUCUAUACCCUCCUUGCUCGCCGAAGAGGCCACGUCCUUGCCGAUGGUCCCGUGGCCGGUACUCCGCUCUACCAACUCAAGGGACUGAUUCCAGUCAUUGACAGCUUUGGUUUCGAGACCGAUGUUCGGAUCCACACGCAAGGCCAAGCAGCCGUAUCCCUCGUCUUCGACCGCUGGUCCAUUGUCCCCGGCGAUCCUCUCGAUCGCGACAUCAAGCUUCGACCCCUCGAGCCCGCCUCCGCACAGGCCACGGCCAGAGACUUUGUCCUCAAGACUCGUCGCCGCAAGGGUCUCAGCGAGGACGUCACCGUCAGCAAGUUCCUCGAGCCCGAGCUCUUCCGAGGUCUCAAGGAAGGCGGCUUGCUGGAUGGAUAA